CUGAAGUAAUUCAAAACAUAUCUGUUUUUAAAAAAGAGAAACAUUCUGUAGGGAUUUAUCUACACUCAUCCAUAAUGGUAAAGAAUUUAUAAAGUGUAGUUGUGCUUGUGAAAAUUGACUCUUUGAGAUAUUAAUAGAAUUUAUAACAAGAAUUAAACACCGCUUGACACAGACCAUCAAACAAACCCUAUAUUUUAAAAGGAGUAUGAUUUUCAUAUAGAUACUUAUUUGUUUAUCUACAAAAUAUACAAUGGUACAAAGACAUUUCAGAUUUGAACCAUAUCUUUUUUCAUUUAGGAAAUCUGAAAUGAAAAAAACUGGUGGAGGGCCAUCUCCUCCAGAACUUAAGACGUGGGAGGAAAAGAUAGUUGCUGUGCUGUCUAAUGACGUCAUAUCUGGCGUGGAAGGUGGAUUUGAAUCCCCCAGUGUGAUGUCAUCCAUGGAUAAUUGCAUGCCAGGAUGUUCUAAAAAGAGGAAAUUUGAUGAGCCACUUGAGGGAUGUGAUGCACCAUCAAUUGUCAUAAACAAGCCACUUCCAACUGUAGCUGAAGAUGUAUCAGAAGUUAUGUCCACAUCUUCCUAUGGUAAGUUUAUUUGAAAUUCAAGCCUCACUCUGAGAGUAUGUUGAUUUUGA